GUAAGCGAAGCGGGUUGGGGCGGCGGCCGCCAUUUUGAGCCGGGAGCCCGGAGGAAGAAGACGUUAGUGUCUCCACACUUCACGGGCCCUGGAGCCGACCGAGAGCCCCGCCGUCCCCUCCGCCGACGUUCAGCGGGUCCCUGACCCACUGACCACUUCUUCUCCUUUUGUAUCCCACCAAAGAAGCGAGGUGGCGCAAAGCGAUUCCUCCGAGACACAGCCGCCCCUGGCUGGACCGUCUCCCCGUACCCCCAGUCCCUCGCCGACCCCACGGCCGGCGUUCCGUUGCCUCUCUCCCACCCCUCCGGGUGCAAUGAGGGGCUUCGGGGACCGGGGCCGCGACCGAGACCGCGGCGGGUUUGGAGCAAGUCGUGGAGGUCCUCUUCCUCCAAAGAAAUUUGGUAAUCCAGGGGAACGUCUACGUAAGAAAAAAUGGGAUUUAAAUGAGCUUCCCAAGUUUGAGAAGAAUUUUUACGUGGAACAUCCAGAAGUGGCCAGACUUACUCCAUAUGAAGUUGAAGAACUGCGAAGAAAGAAAGAGAUCACUAUUCGAGGAAUGGAGGGCUGUCCCAAGCCUGUGUUUGCCUUCCACCAGUGUAGCUUUCCACAGUACGUGAUGGAUGCUCUGAUGGACCAGAACUUUACAGAACCCACUCCAAUUCAGUGCCAAGGCUUUCCACUAGCCCUCAGUGGCCGUGAUAUGGUGGGCAUUGCGCAGACUGGCUCUGGAAAAACACUAGCGUACUUGCUGCCUGCAAUUGUUCACAUCAACCACCAGCCAUAUUUGGAGAGAGGAGAUGGCCCAAUUUGCCUGGUUUUAGCACCAACUAGAGAGUUGGCCCAGCAAGUGCAGCAAGUGGCUGAUGAUUAUGGCAAGUGUUCAAGACUGAAGAGUACCUGCAUAUAUGGAGGAGCACCCAAAGGUCCCCAAAUCAGAGAUCUAGAAAGAGGUGUGGAGAUCUGCAUUGCUACACCAGGUCGCUUGAUUGACUUCCUUGAGGCAGGAAAGACCAACCUUCGUCGAUGUACGUACCUGGUGCUGGAUGAAGCAGACAGGAUGUUGGACAUGGGAUUUGAACCCCAAAUUCGUAAGAUUGUUGAUCAGAUAAGGCCUGACAGACAGACUCUGAUGUGGAGUGCCACCUGGCCAAAAGAAGUGCGCCAGCUUGCUGAGGACUUCCUGCAGGACUAUGUUCAGAUCAAUGUGGGAAACUUAGAGCUGAGUGCCAACCACAAUAUCCUGCAGAUAGUGGAUGUAUGCAUGGAAAGCGAGAAAGACCAUAAACUGAUACAACUGAUGGAAGAGAUCAUGGCAGAGAAGGAAAACAAGACUAUCAUCUUUGUGGAAACAAAGAGGCGAUGUGAUGAUCUCACUCGAAGGAUGCGCAGAGAUGGUUGGCCAGCUAUGUGUAUCCAUGGAGACAAGAGUCAGCCAGAAAGAGAUUGGGUGCUUAAUGAGUUUCGUUCUGGAAAGGCUCCUAUCCUCAUUGCUACCGACGUUGCAUCUCGUGGGCUAGACGUGGAAGAUGUUAAAUUUGUGAUAAACUACGACUAUCCGAACAGCUCUGAAGAUUAUGUGCACCGUAUUGGCCGUACCGCUCGUAGUACCAACAAAGGUACUGCCUACACCUUCUUCACUCCAGGAAACCUGAAACAAGCCAGGGAGCUUAUCAAAGUGUUGGAAGAAGCCAAUCAAGCCAUCAAUCCAAAACUGAUGCAGCUUGUGGACCACCGAGGAGGAGGAGGUGGUGGUGGAGGAGGUCGCUCUCGUUACCGAACGAGCAGUUCGGUUAACAACCCUAACCUGAUGUACCAGGAGGAGUGUGACAGGAGGCUCCGGGGAGUGAAAGAGGGCCGGAGAGACUCGGGUGGCUUCAGAGACCGUGAGCGUGGUGACAGUUUUGCCAACGGAGCCAACAAGACCUAUGGCAGUGCCUACGGGAGCCCAAAUUCUGCUUUUGGGGCAGCACAGAGCCAGUAUGGUUACACUCAAGGGAGCUAUGGAGCAGCUGCCUAUGGCACGAGUGGCUAUGGCACUGCAGAGUACAGUGCGAGUGGCUAUGGUGCCAGCACCACAGCUGCCACGGCUGGGAGAACCUCACAGAGCACUACCCAACAGCAGUAUGCAGGGAUGGUGGGGCGCUCAGGCCAGCAGCCACAGCCGCUCAUGUCACAACAGUUUCCGCAGCCCCCUGGCACUAACGUGAUGGGCUAUAUGGGACAGACUGCCACCUACCAGUACCCGCCCCCUCCCCCGCCCCCUCCCCCCACACGCAAAUGAGACCACUUGCUGGUGACCAGUGUAGACCUCUUGCAUUUAAAGGAACCUUUUUCUUUCCCAUUGUGAUGUCUCUCAUGCAGGUUAGGCUUAGAAUUCACCAUUAAAAUCCCUUGAGCCCGUCAAAAAUGGCCCCCAGUCCACAUUACUGACCCUGUUCCUCUUUUUUUUUUUCUUUUUUCUUUUUUCUUUCUUUUUUUCUUUAAGAUUAUAUAUAUAGUUGACUGGAAAAAUUAUUAAUUUUUGUCUUGCAUGUUGAGGAAAUUGGAAAUUUUAUUUUCUCUAAAAGAAACAAGUAUAAGGCAGAUAGGUCCCAGCUUGAUCAUCUUGGUGUCCAAGGUUUGUGUGAGGGGAGGAAGUUUGUAUUCUGUAACAUGUUAACUUAAUUUCAGGAAGUGUCAAGAGAGGUGGGAAACUUUGGGGAGCCAAAAAGCACUUCAUUAAAAAUGAUAAAUGCAAGGGAGCAACGCUCACUUCUCCUAAUCUUAAUUUUUUAUUAAUAGCUCACUAUUCUUGCUUGUAAUCUAUUGUAGGUAACUUUCUAUAGGAAAACUCUGCUCAUUUGUCUGAGCUGAGCGGUGUUCAGAGUAAUGCCCCAGGUACACUGUUGUUUUCUUCAUCUUCUGGUACCUACAGCAGCCUGCAGUAGGGAAGUUGGAAAUAAACCCCCAGUGUCAGAGACCAAACCUAUCAAUACCUGAAACCCAGAUUGUCACCAUAGGUACCACUGCUGUGAUGUUUAGCCAAGUAAGUUAUUUCUCUACAAUUGUUAAACUGCAGCAUUGCCAAUGCAUGGAGCCUGGUUACCCUUAAAAUUAAGUUUCUGCUCUCAAAUUCCUAUUGCUUGAGAGAAGUCUUAAUUUGAGAGUGCAGAAACAAAGCAGAACUGAGAUGAUGAAGAGCAUACCUUCAUGAACAAACUACCUUUUGGUGUGGGGAAUGUUCUGAAUGCCGCUGCGCUGAAUAAAAUGUGACUAUAGAGUUUUCCACACUUCAAAUUUAUAAGGUUUGAAUAGGGUGGGCUGGAAGGGAGGGCAAGGGGAGGAAGGGAGGAGGAGGAGGAGAUUGCCUGGAAUCUCCUUUUCAUGAGGUAAGCGGUGAGCUGGUUAGUUCAUCUUGAUUCUGAAGCUUUGUUUCUUUUUGUACUUUGCUCUGAUUAUUGCUUUUCCUGGCUUUUGAGUGCGUUUCCCUGUUCCACUGGUCCCUUUGAGCAGAGCUCUCGCAGGUAGGUAGCAUUUUAGAAAAUGUUAGAGAAGAGUGAAAUUUUUAGUAAAUACGUAAAUAAAACUGGUUUAUUUUACUGGCUAAGGUGGGUGUGAGGGGGGUUUCCGCUUUAGUGUAAAGCAUGUUCACUUGUUAUUUCUAAUACCAGACGGUUCAGAGACAGUAGAUGAUAAAAGGAGUUGGCUGCUCUUGGUCUGAUAAUAUGACAAAAGAAAGGAUACAUUUCCUGGUUUGUGAGACAGCAUCGUUGCAUUACGAGACUUCAGGCUUUUGGGUUAUUUCUGUUGGCGUUCUUGCAUAUGGAUGAACAAGGCAGCCCACUCCUUCUAUAGCAGAGUGGUACUUAUAGCCCAGGGAAAGAGCUUGCUUAUGCAGAAAUUAUUUCUUUUUACAUUUAAUUUCUUCCCAGAGUAAAAUUUUUUGGGAUGAAUGCACUUUUUUUUUUGGUGCAGUACACAGGUAGGUUGCUGACACAGAGGGAAAAGGGAGAGAUCUUCCCUAACCUUGGUUCCCUUGUCCCAUCUUGUAAUUCCAGUGCUUGGGCAGAAAGCUUGUGUUAAGUGAAAGCCAGAAACGUAUUCUUUAUCCAGGCACUGACUGAUUUGUCUUUAACCUCCCUUGCAAGCAAGUGUAGGGUGUUGGUUUUUUUGUUUUGUUUUUAAUUUGUGACUUCAAUGCAGAAGUGUGUUUGAGGGGUGUAGGGGUAGGACAUCUCACUGACUGGCUUUAAAGAGGGUCUCUGGACCGCCAAAGCUGCCUUAUAGUCUGCUAUAGCUUUCACUUUUUUUGGGAGGGACUUGUGCACACAUACACAUCUGUGCCAAGUCUUGCAGUGCUUUAUUGCCAUUGAGGUCAGCUGAAGUCCAGGGGCUUGGUUCAGUUCAGAGUGUUAACCAGACUGUUCAAUGCAUAAAUGCACCAUGGCAUGUGCUGCCCUUGUCCCACCUGGUGCUCACUGAUCUGUUCCACAUACCAGCUGGAGGGCCCUUGUUGAUAAAGCAUUAGCAUUUAGUAUUGUUUGCCUUGUUUUCAGUCUGUAAAAGUUUGUGGGAGUGUCACAUGAGUAGGGUGUCUCCUCCCCUCCCACUUCCUGAAGCAAUUUACUGUUUGGACUUCUCUGAACAAUGGAAGGGUUAGUGGCUUUGUGUGGGAUCAGCAUCUUGUUUCACACACCUGCUGGUCUCUGAACACAUUCCUCUUGUAUUAAUGAAGACUUGAAUUGAGAGAUUCAUAGAUCUGUGGUGUUCAGACACAGGAGCUAUGUUACUAUUCUUAGUUUGUAAAUUGUCCUUUUGAUACCAUCUUGUUUUCUUUUGUAGGUAUAAAUAAAAACACUGUUGUCAAUAAA